AUGCCCUCUGAAGCCAUCACCGCCAUGUCGCACGCCACCGAAAAGGUCGGCGCAGAGAUCGAGGUGGUCGAGAACGUCCGCCGCGAGAUUGCCGACUACGACAACGUCGUCGCGGAGGCUCGCCGCGAGACGGAGGACCAGCAGUCUAUGACCUUGCGCGAAGGACUUCGCCGCUACCCUAAGGCGGCUGCCUGGUCGAUGCUCCUCUCGACGGCCAUCAUUAUGGAAGGGUUCGAUGUCGUCCUCCUCGGCUCGUUCUAUGCCCUGCCGCAGUUCAACAAGAAGUACGGCGUCCAGCUUCCCGACGGAAAAUACACGGUUACUGCCCCAUGGCAAGCUGGUCUCUCGAACGGCGCCCAAGUCGGCGAAAUCAUCGGUCUUUGCAUCAACGGUUGGGCGAGCGAGCGUUUCGGUUACAAGAAGACCAUGCUCGCCGCCCUGGCAUCGAUGAUCUGCUUCAUCUUCAUCCCGUUCUUUGCCAACAACGUCCAGACGCUGCUUGCCGGCGAGAUUCUGCAGGGAAUUCCCUGGGGCGUGUUCCAGACGUUGACGACCGCCUACGCCGCCGAGGUGACUCCGGUGGCCUUGCGACCCUACCUCACCGCUUACGUCAAUCUUUGCUGGGUUCUUGGUCAGGUCAUCGCGUCGGGUGUCCUCAGGGGCAUGCUGACGGUCCAGACGCAGUGGGCUUACCGCAUUCCCUUCGCCCUCCAAUGGAUUUGGCCUCUCCCAAUUCUCAUCGGAACCAUCUUCGCGCCCGAAUCCCCUUGGUGGCUCGUCCGCAAGGGCCGCAACGACGACGCACGUCGCCAGAUCAGGCGCCUGCACACCAACCCGACCGAGCAGGAGGUCGACAACCAGCUCUCCCUGAUGGUCCACACCAACGCCCUGGAGAAGUCGAUCGCCGCCGGAACCUCGUACUUUGACUGCUUCAAGGGUGUUGACUUGCGCCGUACGGAGAUCGCUGCCGGAGCCUGGAUGAUCCAGAACCUAUGCGGAAGUGCCUUCAUGGGCUACUCCACCUUCUUCCUCGAGCAGUCCGGUGUCCCUGUUACGCGCGCUUUCGACCUGAGCAUCGGGCAGUAUGCUAUUGGCGCCGCCGGCACCCUCUCGUCGUGGUUCCUCAUGCGCUACUUCGGUCGUCGUUCACUCUACCUCUUUGGCCUCAUCUUCAUGGUCUGCGCUCUCGUCGUUAUCGGCGGAAUGGGGUGCAUCCCCUCCUCCAACACCUCGGCCCAGGCUGCUAUCGGCGCCAUGCUCCUCGUCUACACCGCCGUCUACGACUCGACAGUCGGACCGGUCUGCUGUAACUGCCUCGUCGCCGAGAUCUCCUCGACCCGCCUCCGCGCCAAGACUGUCGUCAUCGCCCGCGUUGCGUACAAUAUCAUCGGCAUUGUCAACAGUAUCAUCAUGCCGUACUUCCUCAACACGACGGCUCUUAACUGGGGUUCGAAGACGGGCUUUUUCUGGGCUGGUUUAUGCGCGAUCUGCUUGAUCUGGACCUACUUCCUCGUGCCCGAGCCCAAAGGCAGGACCUACGGCGAGCUCGACGUCCUCUUCGAGAACCGAGUUUCCGCUCGCAAGUUCCGCACGACCGCAGCGGACCAGUUCGCCGGCCACGGUAUGCCCCAGCGCACGUCUUCAAACGACGAGAAGGACGAGAAGUUCGAUGUCCAGCACGUCGAGCUUUGA